AUGGACGCCUCCCUCCCCUCGUCGCUCGAGGCCGCCAGGGUCCAGGGCCUCCCCUUGGCAGCAUACUACAUUCCCGAUUUCAUCACCCGAGACGAGCAAGACUGGAUCCUUGGAAAGAUUGCUGCAGCACCCAGGCCCAACUGGAAGCAACUCACCCAUCGCAGACUCCAGACGUGGCCCUCGGGCCUUGUCCAGGACAAGCUGCUCCAUGCACCGCUGCCCCCGUGGCUGGAGGACCCCGUCGUCACCCGGCUACUCUCUCUCCCAGUGUCGGAAGGCAACUUGCAACACAUCUUUGCACAAAGCCCGCACGCGCGCCCGAACCACGUCCUCGUCAACGAAUAUCCCCCAGGCGUUGGCAUAAUGCCUCACAAGACGGCGCCGCGUAUUGGCCAGUCGUGUGCACUUCUGCUCAUCACCACCGAAAGCCUCUACACGGAUCAUUUCCACGGCAUCUCCGACAUCGAUGAGGAUGUCGACCUGUCUGCAGAGGGAGGGGUGGUGAACUGGUCAUUACUUGGCAACCCGCAAGAGUACGCCAGUGGUCGUAAUAUGCGCGAGACCCGCACCAGCUUGACAUACCGAGAUGUCCUCAGCGUAUCCAUGGUGGGGAGGAAACUGGGCCUCUUUGAGAAGCGGUGA